AUGGAUUUGACUACAUUACAACUCCCUGACUCCACGAAGUCCUUCGCGUUGUACAUCGACGCCUCUAGUUAUGCGAUCGGAGCAGUUCUGGAACAAGACGGCAAGCCCAUCGGCUUCCUCAGCCAAGUCAUGAACCGCGCACGACAGAGAUACUCGAUCUACGAUCAGGAACUCUUGGCGUUGGUCACGGCCCUGGACAAGUGGUCACGUUUGCUCCAUGUUUCCAAGGUAACGGCUUGCACUGAUCACCAAGCUCUCACCCACUUCCAACGACUCCAAGCAUCGACGCCUCUGAGCGGACGCACUGCUCGGUGGUUAGACUUCCUGACCGACUUCCCGGAUUUGCACAUCACUUAUGUUCAAGGAACCCGCAAUCAAGUGGAUGAUGCCUUGUCUCGUCGUCCCGGUCUUCCUCACACCUGCUCGCACGACACGCCACAGACGCCACUGAUGCUUGCAGUAGAACAAGCGCGCGCGGCUCCUCGCUCUCGUGGUCGGCCCGACUCGAUCCUUGUCAUGGUCGACUGCCUCACCAAGAUGGCUCAUUUCGUUCCUGCAAAGAAGUCAUUCACAGCAGCAGACACCGUGGAGCUUCUCGCAGACCGUCUUAUUAGCUACCACGGAUUUCCAGAGGUACUCAUAUCGGACCGCGACCCCCGCUUCCAGUCGGAUCUCUGGCAACAACUCUGUAGCCGCUUUAACAUCAAACGGUACAUCUCCUCGUCUUACCAACUCCAAAGCGACGGUCAAACUGAACGGAUUAACCGCACACUCGAGCAGAUGCUUCGUACCUACAUCCAAUCUGAAAAACGCGAGUGGGAGCGUUUGCUUCCGGCCUUGGAACUUGCUUACAACAGAACCAGUCAUUUAUCCCCUGAGCUUUCGCCCUUGGAGGUCAUGAUUGGCGAGAAUCCGUUGACUGCUGUGAACCUUGAUAUCGUCGGCGCGUUAGCUCCUACGCUCACUUCUCCGAUGACUAAGCUUUCCCGGCAGCUCUGCGAUAGAGCACAGAGCCACAUCCUGAUGGCAAAAUGGCAGCAGAAGUACUACGCAGACACAAAACGCCGAGCCGUGUAG